GCGGGCAAUAGUGAAGGAUAUAUGAUAUAUAUAUGUAUGUGUCAUAUGUGUGUGUGGAGUGGGGGUGCCCAUACCAUCAUAGUAUACCAGUCGUAAUGUAAUCGUGCGAUAUAUUAUCUACUAACAAGUAAAUUCCUGACAAUUUGCAUUGGCCUGCGUUUGCCAUCGGGCACAGUGUGCCGAUGGAUUGCCUGUCGAAUGGUGAACCGCGCAUAUUCAAUCUGUAGGUUAGAUCGCAAUUCUGGAAUUGUCUGUGAUUGAAGAACAAGAAAAAAAAUAGAUCUUGUGCAGCACGAUGCGGGCGGCUAUUGCGAUAUUUUGCGUUUUCCUUGGCUGCUGCACCAAUGUCGUGUUCCUGGAACUGCUUGUAAAGGAUGAUCCUGGCAGUGGAAACCUUAUUACGUUUUCGCAAUUUUUCUUUAUAGCUUUUGAAGGAUUUUUAUUCACAUCUAAAUGUGGUACUGUCAAACCGAGUAUAAGUAUAAAGAAUUACUUUAUUUUAGUCACAAUGUUUUUUGUUGCCAAUGUUUGCAACAAUUAUGCCUUUGACUUCAAUAUUCCCAUGCCAUUGCACAUGAUAUUUAGAGCUGGUUCUCUCAUAGCCAACAUGAUUAUGGGUAUUAUUAUUUUGAACAAAAAGUAUGUAUUUAGCAAGUAUUUAUCAGUAUUUAUGAUUACAACGGGAAUAGCACUCUGCACGAUUGUUAGUGGUAAAGAGAUCAAGUCCUUGCAACAAAAGAACGUGGACCAGGUGCCCACAACACCAUGGGAUGACCUCUUUUGGUGGAUUCUGGGGAUAUCUCUACUUACAAUUGCUUUGUUUGUUUCUGCUAGAAUGGGUAUCUAUCAAGAAGAGCUGUACAAACGUUACGGUAAAAAUGCACGGGAGGCUUUGUAUUACACACAUUUUUUACCUCUGCCAUUCUUUUUAACACUAGCCCCUAAUAUUUAUGAUCAUUGGAAAUUCGCGCUCGCAUCCGAGCCGCUGAGUUUACCUCUGAUUGGUGUACAUAUGCCAUCAUUAAUUAUAUAUUUAAUUGGAAACGUUUUGACGCAAUACAUGUGUAUCAGCUCCGUAUUUGUAUUGACUACAGAGUGUAGUUCCCUCACAGUUACUUUGGUAAUAACGCUGCGAAAAUUUCUGUCUCUGUUAUUUUCGAUUAUCUACUUCAAAAAUCCGUUUACUAUAUAUCACUGGCUUGGUACGAUACUAGUCUUCAUAGGUACAGUUAUAUUUACAGAAGUGGUACCAAAGAUUAUGCAAAGCUUACAAAAUGUAUCUAAGACGAAAAAAAUGGAAUAGGUAUAUUAAUAUCAAAGAUGAAACAAGCAAAGCACUCAUCUUUUAUCUUUAUCGAGUACAGAAUAAACCUCUGAAUGAGUUCUUUAAAAUAUUUUAUAUAAUAAUCGUAUUAUUUUCAUAUACAUAGAAGAUUGCAUGUUUUUCAAACAAAUGUAAUAUCGAGAACAUAAUCAGUAUCGUCCAUUGUUUUCUAUAAAUUUAUAUACUUUUUUAAAAUAGCUAAUAACAUUCGAAAUGUAAUCUCUACUACCUCGAUAAUAUAUUUUCAUAUAAUUCAAUGAAUAAAAAGGAAAGUUAUAUUCUUAA